AUUUCCGCGUGGUCUGGGCGCGCUGUCGCUGUCACGUGAUUUGUUUGCUGAGGGACAUGACGAAGAGAAAGUGCGAGCUGCAGUCACUGGUCACUGUGCUGCCUCCGUGUAAGAAGCAGCUGAGCUCCAGGCGCUGCACUCCUGACGUCUUACAGGUGUUCCCGGUAAGGAAGAGAAAGCUGGAGCCUGAGAGCGGCCCUCCGGUGGAGGGGUGUGAGAGAGUGCUCCCACCAUGCCCACCAUCUUCCCCUCCUCCCUGCAAGAAGCUGAGGGAGGCAGAGAACAUGCACAGCCAAGAGCCGCUGUACAAAUGCCAGAAUGAUGAAGCCUUUCCAGAGUACAACUCAUUCCGGUACUGGAGAAGUCCUUUGCCUGACAUAGACUUUUCUGAGCUAUCUGAACGUUGUGGCGCAGCUACCAGUGACACUCAAGAAAUGGACAAUUGACUGGGGCCCUUGGCUUUUCUCAUUUCGUUUUUUUUUUUUCUUCUUCUUUUUUACUACUUUACAUUGCCCAGGGAACACGUGGAUGUAAUGGGCCUUUUUGUGUAAAUUGUUCACAUAUGUCUGUAUAUGGAAGAUCAUAAACAUAAAAUACACAGUCUAAGUUAACUGA